UGUCUACUUCGAUUGAAAAUUGAAUACUUGAGUCUCUUAACCAACAAGUUAUAAAAGUUUGGAGUUCUGAGUUUUGGUUUCUCAUUCAUCUGAAACAAAAUAUCUCAUUCCGUACGAUCGAACAGAGAGAGAGAGAUGGAUUUUGAGCUGAGAAGAGCGAGAGAGAAGUUGCAGAAGGAGCAGAAGGAGCGGAAGGAUAAGGCCAAGCUGAAAGCCGAUAGGGAGAAGAAGGCUAAAGAACAGGCCCAGAAGCAAAGGGAAGCCAUUGAAGCUGCUCAGAGAUCCAGACGCCUUGAUGCUGCUGAAGCCCAACUCAAGGCUGAUCAACUAACGGAAGAAAGUUUACUUGCUGGGAGGGGAAUCAUGUUUUAUCGUCUACUGGAAGCUGUACCUUUUCAGGGUAAUGGAGAUAAGAUAAAACUUCCACCAUCUUGCUUCAACGAAUUGUCUGAUCAAGGAGCUUUUGACAAGGGACCUCUGUACUUCCAGCUGUCCCCAGUUAAAGAAGAGGGUUCGUUAAACACCAAUGCUGCUGAUCAGGAAAGUCAUCGGACCACUCAUUCAGGUGUUUUGGAGUUCACUGCAGAAGAAGGUUUUGUUGGGCUUCCUCCUCACGUUUGGCAGAAUUUAUUUGCAACAGACACAUUGACUAGUCAUAUGAUUGAAAUUCGUUAUGCGUGGCUACCAAAAGGUACUUAUGCUAAACUUCAACCUGAUAGGGUUGGCUUUUCUGAUUUGCCCAACCACAAGGCUAUCCUAGAGACCAGCCUUCGGCAGCAUGCCACCCUUUCUCAGGAUGACUUGUUCACUGUCAACUAUGGGGAGCUUACAUACAAGUUACGAGUCCUUGAGUUGAAACCUUCUACAAGUGUAUCUGUCCUAGAAACUGAUAUUGAAGUAGAUAUAAUUAGCCCUGAUUCAGCUGCUGAGCAAUCAGAGAAGAAUGUAUUAAAACCACUCACAUUUGGAGAGCCAGAUUCUGGCAUUGUUGAUGAAGGAAAUUACAUGUAUUACAAGUUCUCAGUAGACAAUAAUAUUUGGGAGAUAGUUUCUUCUGGGGCUGCUCGAGUUGAGGUUAGGAUAGACGCAGAGACUGAUGGUGGAGAUACCGAUCUUUAUGUAUCCAGGCAUCCUCUCAUAUUUCCUACCCAGCACCAGCAUGAAUGGUCUUCCUAUGAUAUUGGUUCGAAGGCCUUGAUCAUUGCUUCUACAGAUAAGAACUUCACAGCUGGUACUUAUAGCAUUGGCAUUUAUGGCUUUAAGGGAAAAACUAAGUACCAUGUGUCAGUGAGUGUUCAGGAUGACUGUAAUCGUACAGUAGGUCAACAAGCUGUGUCUUCCUCUUCAUCUACGGAGAUGGAUACUGUAGAGUGUAGGAACUGCAAGCGUCACAUACCAAGUCGAACUAUAUCACUGCAUGAAGCCUACUGUAGCAGACACAAUGUUGUUUGUCAGCAUGCAGGAUGUGGAGUUGUUCUUAGAGUUGAGGAGGCCAAGAAUCAUGUUCAUUGUGACAAAUGUGGGCAAGCUUUUCAGCAGGGAGAAAUGGAAAAGCACAUGAAAGUCUUCCACGAGCCAGUUCGCUGCCCCUGCGGUAUAGUCCUUGAGAAAGAACAAAUGGUGCAACACCAAGCUUCGGCUUGCCCCUUGCGUCUAAUUGUAUGUAGAUUUUGUGGGGACAUGGUUCAAGCUGGAAGCUCUGCUGCCGAUGCUCGAGACAGAAUGAGAGGAUUGUGUGAGCAUGAAGGCGUUUGUGGGUCAAGAACUGCUCCAUGUGAUUCAUGUGGUCGCUCUGUCAUGUUAAAAGAUAUGGACAUUCACCACAUUGCUGUCCACCAAAAGAACUAAAAGCCAAGAUUAAAUAAAUAUUGUUAUAUUCAUAUGAUUGGUUGAACUAUAUCAUGAAGGGGGUUGAAAUGAAAGAGGGCAAUUGUGAAUUUGUGAUGAUUGGUUGGUGGUGGUGGAGUUGUGAACUAUUCUUAACAUAUAUCUUGAAUUCACUGAUUAUUAUGUGGGCACCUGAAAGAGAGAAUCUUGUCUUUCUUUCCGGAUUUGCUAUUGCAUUUUCUUAGUUUAUCAUCUUAAUAAGGGAGAGAGGAAUAUAUUUGCCA